GCCCUUCGCCUUCCGGGGCGCGGCGGGGGCGCCGCCCCGUUGCUGGGCGACAGCGGGCGGUGAGGCGGGACGGGGCUGCCGCGGGAGCAGGCCGCGGCUGGGGCCCCGCCGUCGCUGAGGCUUGAGCACGGGGAGUUGUCGCUCUCCUGUCCCUCCUGCCCGCGCUCCGUCGUGCCUCUACCGAGAAACCUCAGGGGCCCGAGUUAAGCACAUUAAUUCCAAGCAGAGCAUGGAAAAAGCGUGUUAUUGCUGUUGUGUGGCAGCAGAUGGGUGCGAGGAGGUUAGGAAGGCUGUUUGUGCUGGUGCGCCUGGGUGUGCAGGUCAGACCUCCGUGGAAUUGCUGCACAGGCAUGAAGGAUCCUAAAGUAAACCUGCCCCUGCAUCAAUCUGGGGAGUGACCGAAGGGUGUUUGAUUGGAGCAUGGAGCCCUUCUCCCCACCAGAACUAGGGCUUCCUGCAGAAAAGAGCUCACCUGUGCCGGAGAAAAAAUACCAUGUCCUGGUGGGUGUGACGGGAAGUGUGGCUGCCCUGAAGCUGCCUCUCCUUAUCACCGAAUUGCUGAAAAUCACUGGGCUCGAAGUGAAGGUGGUCACUACUGAGAGAGCAAAGCAUUUCUAUGAUGUCCAGGAGAUUCCUGUCACCCUCUAUAGCGACGAAGAUGAAUGGCAGCUGUGGAAAGGUCGUUCGGACCCAGUCCUGCACAUUGAGCUUAGGCGGUGGGCUGACCUUAUGUUGGUGGCACCUCUUGAUGCAAACACGCUGGCAAAGCUUGCAAAUGGCAUCUGUGACAACCUGCUGACUUGUGUCAUCCGUGCUUGGGAUCUGAGCAAACCUCUGCUCUUCUGCCCUGCUAUGAACACGGCCAUGUGGGAGCAUCCCAUCACAGCUCAGCAGGUGGAGCAGCUGAAAGGCUUUGGCUACACAGAGAUCCCCUGUGUGGUGAAGAAACUAGUGUGUGGAGAUGAAGCAUCCCUCCUCCCCCAGAGCAUCCCUCCGAGCUGGACCACCGCAGGGCAGGAGAUCCUGGCAUGGCUGCAGCAUCACCCCCAUCCCCACUGUGUCCCCAGCUCCUCAGAGGGGACCACGGCUCAGAGGCCAGGCAAGGACCAGUGCGGGACAUGGGAACCAGCAGCACCCCUGCGGUUUGUAAACUGGAAAUAAAAGCUGAAGCGGUUUGAAGGCUCGGCCUCGAAAGGGGGAAGGUGGUGGGGGAGCAGAGAGGAACCAAAACCCACCAGCAGAGGAACAGGCGGAGGAGCGGAGGAGAAGUGAAAGCAGCUGUGAUUACUGAAAGCCCCGAUGUGAAAGAGUAGGAGCACUAUCUUUGGGGCUUUCACUUCCCUGUCUGGGCAGGUUUUCUUGGCUUUGGUCUAUUUUUCCCCCUCCCCAGUCUCUGCUCAUAAAUUCCUUCCUGGGGUGGGUGGGGUUGGUGCUGCUGGAGGUGGGUGCCCAAUCUGUUGCGGGGGGUUCGGAGAGGACUGCAGCUGGGGACCACUGAGCAUCCCCGUCAUGGUGGGGUUUGGGGGCUACUGUCUCCCUGCCAGGGAUGCAGGCAUGGCCAAGCUGCAUCACUCCCCACAUCCCCUCUCCAGAGGGGGACAGCCGCACCACCGGUCCCUGCGCACAGGCUGCAUCUGCGUGUUUGGCCUCCGAAUACAGAGAUAUUUUAAUCUUUUAAGCAGACUGCAUCUGCUAUUGGUCCCUGCCCCCAAAUAUUUCAUGCAGGAGUGGAAGCCUGGUAGCGUGGCAAAGCAGGGUGCUUUGGUACAUCAAGCACCUCAAUAAAAGCCUUUUUGGUAAAGAUGAAACACCGUCGCUAAGGGUUGAAAGCUUCUAGCCUGGAGUUGAGCAAGUGUUUUCUUUCUCCAAAAAUAAGAGAUGAAGGAUGGCCAAGACACGAUGUGCUGGCGGUGUGGAGGUGCUCUGGCAUCACAUCAAGGUGGAAAAUAAGUGUUCAGCCAUGAAAAGCAGCGAUGCUCCCCAGCUCCCCUCUUAGUCCUUAUCACUGCAGCCUCCGCGCUUAGUUUUGGGCAACGAAAGAGACUGCAGGUGCAUGGAUUUAAGCCCAUUUAGCAACCCUAAUUAAAACAGUGCAUCCCCCCCCCGCCUGCCCCAUCCCUGGAAAGGGUCAUCAUAACUCGGCCAUGACCUCGGCGGUGGUGUUUGACUGCUUUCCGCCCGGGGAGGAGCCUGCUGUCCUCUGCGGGACCCAAACCUAGGAUAAAGUUAAGCCCGGGAUUAGAGGCUGUGCUGAAGCCGGCUGGGACGAGUCCCCGCUGUCCUGAAUCAGCAGAGCGGCUGCAUGGGGAAGGCCGGCAGCAGACGAGGGGUCUGGCAGCUCGUGGUGCUGGAUGCCAAGGGGAUGGAGCUGGCUCCAUCUGACUGGGCAUCCAUCAGGGGCUCACUGACCAGCCCUGGGCUGGUCCCCUGCAUCUGUUAGCUGAGCUCUAGGGGAUGUAAACUACGGUUAAAUCUUUAGUGUAAAUAUUUGAGGUGGUGUCAGUGUUCACAGGGGGCUGGACUGAGUCCUCAGUGAUGGAGGAUGCAGCCCUCCAGGUGGUCAGGUUUGUUUUCUUUCCUAGGUGCUGGAGAAUUAUUAUAUAUUUAAUAUUAAAUACCCCCACAAGCAUCAGGACAAGCACCUUGGAGUGGGUCAGAAGCCCCGAGCCUGGACCCUACCCCUCACCUCCCAGCACAUGGCUACGGAGCAUCACCUUUGGCUACCAACUAAGGGGUCGGUGGUGAUGUAGUGCUGGUGCGGUGGGAGCUGUUUGCAGGCUGCUCGCACCAGCCCUGUUGUUAGAGACAGGGAGAUGGUGAGGGGUGAGGGGUGAGGAUGCUCCAGGACGGUGCAGCCAUGGGGUGACACCCCCAGCUCGCCCUGCCUAAAGGGGAGUUUUGCCAAAUGCGGGGCUUUUCCUUGGUGUUUUCUCUGGCUUCUGUUUACACAUCAGCACUUUGCUCGCCCUGUCCUGCCAGCAUAAGACGUGAAGGCCAAACCACCCUGAAUAUUUAAGGCAAAGAUAAGCAUUCCCCAAACACAGGGCUUUGGGGAAUAAAAAAAAAUCAACAUGCCCCACACACAGAGCCAUCAGUUUUAGCCUACUUCAGCGUUUCUGACUUUUAAACACCCAUGGCCUGUCCUGCUGUGGAAGGAGCAUCCUCAUCCCCGGCAAACCUCAUGCUGAGCUCUCCGCAGGGAUGUCCACCCCCAUUUAAAACCUUGCUUUUCUCUUCCCACUCCUCCAUUAAUGAGGCUGGCCCCUACACUUCCUCUAUACCAGCCUUAAAUUCUAUAAUUCUAUAAUUCUAUAAUUAACAGGUCAACGUGGUCAGUCCUAUUCCAGAGGCAGAGGAAUCGGGGUGGGGAGGGAGGCAGCAAUUUGCCACAUCGUGCUCCGUGUGGGGAAGGGGAUGCGGAAAGGGCUGGGGGCUUUCCCUCUGAAUUAAACCAACAGAAGAAAGAAAGAAUAAUAUAAUUAGGGGGGUAAAAUGGCAGAAAAGUUAAAGCCACUCCCUGAAACUCAACCACUUUCAUCCUGCAGGAGCUCAGCAGAUAGAUCACAGGCAUUGCUGGGUCAGAUGCUCUGGAGCUCUUCCAGGCCUGGCCGGUGUUUAAAUAGAAAGGUUAUGUACCUGGGAGAUUUAUUUCAUCUUUUAAUUGGUUGUUUGUUUACACGGCUCGGGAGCUCUUUGCUAAUGUUUGCUUUGCUGGCUCACUCAGCUGCUGAAAAUCCUGGCCGGCCGCGUCCCAGCCCAGCCGGUGUGCCGGGGGAGCUGCCUUUCGGCUCUGGCUCCUCGGCUUCACCCGGUGAGCGCCAGUGCUUCCCCGUGAGCUCUUCCCAGCCCGGAACCACAGGCACCUGGAGCGGGCAUCUCUCCCAUCACGCCUUCGCAGGUGUGAUGGGAGGGAUGGUCCAGGUGAGGGUCCACCACCCCCACAUCUCCCCUUCCCUUUCCUUGUGGGCAGGCUGAUGGAAAGCAGGAGCAGGGGGCCUCCUGGCUGCGGAGGUGGCGGGGAUGGACCCCCCUCAGCUGAGCUCCAGGGCUCCCCCUCUCCCGAGUGUCCUGCCAGGCCCCACAGAGGAUGAAAUGCAAAACACCGUGGUUAUGAGUUUGGUUUUUCCCAAGCAGGUAGCAAGAUCUCAGUUCUCUGCUGGUCUCAAUCUGCACAAAGCUUCAGAGGAAAAUCAGUUUUCUUCCACUGCAGCUCUAGUGAAAAGGGCUUUGGAAACGACCGGCAAAGCGCAACACUUUUCUCAUACCUCUUUUCUUGGUUUUAUCUCAUUUUAUGUUAAUUUUCACCUUUCCACGAGUGGUGGGACUGCCUCCGCAGGCAUGCCCAGGCGACGGGUGCCCAACAGUCAUGUAGGCGGAUGGCUGCGGUGCGAGGUGCCCACAGGCUCUUUGGCAGAGCAGGUCUCUGAUGGCAGAUGGGCUCCUCCACCCCAUCCUUGGGGGGCACCUGCGUGGUUCAGGGGUGCCUCUUUGCCUCCCCACCCCAGCACUGGAGCCAACGGAUCCCUAUCUCAGCUCAGCAUGCCUCCCUGGAGGGCAGAAGGGAAGCGAUGCUCCCUGGCCUGUGCCAGCAAGGAGCAGCCACCCAGCCGGAUCGGUGGGGCGAGCUUGGAAGGAGCGGCCCCAGGGGUGAUGGGGAAGCCGCAGACGAAGGAGGGGAUCAUGCCCAAGAUGAGCUGCCGUUGGCAAGAGCCCCUUGGAAUUAGGAAGGCCGAGGCAGGUGCUUCCAAGGCAGGUGGGUUUGCUCCAAAAAACCUCCCAGCUUCUGCGGCAGAUGGCCACCUUCCCGGCGGGGCAGCUUGCCCGCUCCUCUGCCAGCUCCUGCCCGCAUGCAUUGAACCCGUGUCAACGGCGGCCACAUGUGUUUGGGAGGAGCUGAUGGGUGUCACCGCAGGAAUGGGGGGGUUGGGGGUAUUUUGCAUGUUUUUUGGGUUACAAAUGUGUUAACGUCUGUUUUGCGCAAUCAAUCCAUUUCUCAAUCUUUGCUCCCUGCAAACAACUGGAGGUGAAUGUGCGUUGCUUAACCGGGUAAAUCAGAGCCACCUCUGUGCCUCCAGCCUCACCGACUGCACGUGGCUGCUCUCCUCUCCUUCCUCCCAUCAAAGUCUGCAUUACUAAUGAUAAUUAAAACCGUGUUUGGGAGCAGUU